CGGUGUUUGACAACUCGGUCUCAUUUGGCAGUGAAAAGUCGCAUGGAUUGGACACGUUUUUCCCAUGAAAAAUAUACCUAAAAAUAAAUCUGCAAAAAUGUAUAUAUACCAAGUUAUUUGAUAAUUAAAUCAACAGCAAUCCCCAACAGUGUGCAAAAGUAGUGUUCGCGAAUUGUGUGAGAAGUUUUUCGAUUGUGCAAGCGAGGUAGGAAAGUGCGGAAAACUGCUGUUGCGCUUCCUCUGCAAAACCACCGAGAAUCUCCGGGAAACGAACGGGAGAUCAACAUCAUCACCUGGAAGCAGUCCGAAAAUUACAACCAUCGAUUUCAACACAGUGCUUCAUCAUGAAAACCACCAUGGAAGGAUCAGCGGAGGGGAAGAAGGUCUACAAAUUGGUUCUAACUGGAGGACCUUGUGGCGGUAAGACGACCGGUCAGGCGCGGUUGUGCACUUUCUUUGAAAACCUCGGAUGGAAGGUGUUUCGAGUGCCUGAAACGGCCACUGUACUCCUCAGUGGUGGAAUCAAGUUUUCAGACCUGACAGCAGAUGAAGUACCCCAAAAAGCCAGUGACCACCGAACGGUUUUCAAAGACGGUAUUCCGGAGCACAGUGUCGAUAAAACAGCGUCCUGUCCCCGGUGUUUGGCCGCUGCUGCCGAUAAGCCCAAUGGUAGUGAGGCCUACAAAUUCCAGGAGAACUUGCUCCGUACUAUGAUUCAGAUGGAAAACACCUUCUUUGAGCUUGGAAAGUCAUGUACGCGAAACUGCCUGAUUAUCUGCGAUCGAGGGGUUAUGGAUGCCAGCGCAUUUGUUUCCAAGGAGAAAUGGGACCGUAUGAUGAGAACCAACAACUGGAACUCGGUAGAGCUGCGUGAUAACCGGUACAAUCAUAUUGUCCACAUGGUGUCGGCGGCCAACGGUGCAGAAGCUUUCUAUUCCACCGAAGAUCAUGCUUGCCGAUCGGAGGGAGUCGAUUUGGCACGAGAGUUGGACUACAAAUCGGCCGCUGCCUGGAUUGGGCACCCGUACUUUGAUGUGAUUGAUAAUUCGAGUGAUUUCGAAAGUAAGGUCAAUAGGAUGAUCGAGUGUGUUUGCCAGAAGCUUGGUAUCGACACUGGCGAUCGUCUGUUGACCACUUCGAAGAAAGUCAAAUUUCUGGUGUCAGAACUACCAGCGAACUCCGCCUUCCCGGCGUUCCAGGACUUUGACGUCGUCCAUCACUAUCUACAAUCAGCGGGACCAAGGGUGCAAGCCAGACUGCGGAAACGGGGUCAAAAUGGCCACUUUAGCUACAUCCAUACGAUUCGUCGUCCACAUCUCCACGGUCAAUCGAUCGAAGUCAAGACCCAACUUACACACCGAGACUACUUGAACAUGCUGACGCAGCGUGACGAUGCACAUUUUACCAUCUACAAGAAGCGUCGUUGCUUCCUUGUGAAUAACCAAUAUUUCCAAAUGGAUAUUUACAAAGAACCUGGACAUCCAAGGUGCAAGGGGUUAAUUCUGCUAGAGACGUACACCUCGCUGAGCGGCGACAAGCUGAAAGGUAUUUUACCAAAAUUCCUCAACAUUGUGAAGGAGGUUACCGGCCAGCCCGAUUACUCGAUGUUCAAUCUGUCGCUGAAGGAGGAUUGGAGUAAUACGAAAAAAUUCUGCUACUCGCUUCAUGAUCAAGAUGAAGGUGAGUUUAGAGCAAAUGGACACUCGCAAAAAAUGAUUAAUGGCAAAGCUUAAUUAAUCAUUCGGUGUAUUAUUAUUUUCUAACCUAAAUUAAAGUUUUUUAAUCGUGUAUUUAAAUAGUAUUCUCUGGUUCGAGUCACAUUUUGUAACAUGAUUAUCUGAAUUUUAGUUCUAUUUGCAUCUCUAUGAAUGCCUCUUUUAAACGAGCGAUAUUUUCAUAAUUUUGUUUUUUCGUAACAAGUGGUUUUAAACAUUUUAUAUCUUUGUUAAAAAAAAACUUCAAUUUGGAAACUUUUUUGUAUUUUCUCUAUUUGCUCAAAACGUAUUGCCCCGCAGAGGAACGUGUUAAAUAACAUGGUGUAUAAACAUUUUUUGCAGUUUUGUAACAGGCAAAACAACAACAUACUUAACAGCAAUGUCCAUUUUUAAUAAUCUGCAUGGAAAAUUGCAAUAGACCAGGCAUUGAGCAUGGCUCUACCGUCUGAUCAUGCGUAACAAUACUUAAAUAAAGGAAACAAGCGAUGAAAUCUGUUUACUUAAGAAAGUUACUUAAAUAUACAUUCACUAAAAAGUGUUAGCAGCAGGGAAUAAACAAGCUUUAAGCAGAAUAGAUGAAGAGUAUAAUUUAGCCAACAAACAACUGUAUUUUUGCAAUCAAAUCAUCGUGUAUUGUUAUACUAGUCCAGAUAAAUGUAAAGUUUUUAGAUUUCAUUUUCAUCAAAUGUACUUUUAACAUCUAAAUAUACUGUCUUCAAAUAUUUUAAGUCCUUUGUAAAAAAAAAAAUCAACAAUUAAAAAGAAUUGAAACAAAAUUUCAAAAAAAUUGGCUAAAUUAUCUCGAUUUUUCAAUCACGGAAAACAUACGCUUUAUUCUGGAAAACAAAAACAAAAGCAAGUAGGAGCAACCAUCAACUCUGUUUUGAAUGUAUUUUAUAUUAAAAUAUUGAACCUUUUUCUCAGAACAAGUACUAUAUUUGCGUUUGAUAUCAUGGAUCCAUAAACACUGAACUGCUAGAAA